GAGGAACUGGUCUGCUCAUUCUAAAGGACUAGAAAAUCCAACAGCAGACACCCUCAUGUGACAGCAGCUCUUUCGAGUCGCAUGUUGUUACUAUCACCCACCCUACUAAAAUCCAUUUUUAGUUAUCUAUCGCCCCCCAGGUCAACUUGGACACUUCUUGGAGGAGUUGGAUGUACUUCUGUCUUCAUUCCCAGAGGAUGGUACUCCUUUAGUAGUACUUGGUGACUUCAACAUCCACCUUGAGAAAUCACAGGCAGCUGACUUCAACACCCUGACUGCGUCGUUUGACCUCAAGCGAGUCCCUACUUCACCAACACACAGGCUCUAUAAUGAAUCCUCUAGAUGAAGAAUGGGAGAGCUGGAAAAUCACCUUCAAGAAAAAGUACAAUAGUCCGGAGGAGGAGACUAUUCGUCGAGCCGCUUGGGAGAAGAACAAGAUCUAUAUUGAGGCCCAUAACAAGCAGUAUGAACAGGGCUUAACCAGCUUUACGAUGGGCCUCAAUCAAUUUUCAGACAUGAUUGAAGGUGAAAGUCCGUGUGGUUGCAUGAAGAAGAAGACAACACAACCAAAUUAGGAACUGGGAAGGGCUACUGCCUGCCCUAUACACUCAAAAAAAAUGUUGUACUUAAAAAAUUCAAUUUAACAAUGUGAACUUAAUUUAGCCAACAUAACAUUGUUGCAUUAAACUAACAGAUUAAUAAAACCAAUACAGACUUGCAUCUCA